AGCUACAAAUUCACGCCGGCUUGGGAUUUGGUGCGGACGUCGGAAUCAGGCUUGGAAGCUCGUUUCGGCACUCCGAAACCUCAGUCGCCGGAGCCCGGGCUGCCGGUGGUGGGGAGGGGUUAGGGUUCCGUCGGGCGGAAGUGAAGCGGAGGAGAUGGGGAGCAGGGUUCCGGUGGAGCACUACGAUCUGAGGGCCGCGAGUUCCUUCGUCGGGGCCUCUUCGCUCCACGACCUCAACACCGUCGACGACAUCGGCGGCGUCGGCCGGGACGCGGUGACCGAGGAUAGCUUGGACAACGACGACGAUUCCGCUGCCGUUGAAUGUAUACAUGAUUCGUACCGGGCUUCUUUGCCGAUUCAUGGCGUUGGAGCUGAAGAUGAUCGUUCGGGCCUGGAGGAAGUUGGUCCGUCUAGGAGUUCUUACGACGUCUUGACCAUCGAAGAUGUUGUACCUAUUGAAUCCUCGCGGGCGAGAUUUCUGCAGAUUAUUGUGGAUCAUUUCAUCAGUGAGCACGUGGUUGAAGUAUCUGAUCCCGAGCCUGACUACUCUGCUCAAUCUGGGCAAGGCCAGCUGAACAAAAGGAAGUCAAGAGAAGUCCAAUAUGAGGGUGACGCCUGUUUUGCAUUGCCUCUGAUGUACGUGGCGAAUAUGUACGAGACUUUAGUUAGCGAUGUAAAUGUAAGGCUUAGUUCAUUGAAUGGUAUCCGUGAGAAGACUAUUGGAGUAGCUCUCGAAGCAGCUGGUGGUUUAUACAGGAGGCUGGCUAAAAAAUUUCCUAAAAAAGGUCCUUACACAUUUAGGAGAAGAGAGUUGGCUACUUCUGCUGAAACACGAACAAAAUUUCCUGAAUUAGUGAUACAGGAAGAGAAGCGAGUUCGCUUUGUAGUAGUUAAUGGUUUGGACAUUGUUGAGAAACCAGAUUGUAUGUCAAUUGACGAUGCUGAAUGGUUUAAACGGUUGACUGGUCGAAAUGAAGUUGCUAUCUCUCCUCGUGACUAUAAAUUUUAUUCACCAAGACACAAGUAUAGGCGCAUUGUGUCCAAUUCCGUAUCUAAUAUUUCUGCUCUGCCUCCAUAUCAUGGAAGAGAUUCCUCAGCCUUGUCCCCUGCUGAAGAAGGGUAUCGCUCCAUCAGUGAACCACAGGGUCAGCAGUCGACUUCGAAGCAUGAUAUGCAGCCAAUGUCACAUCAGCCCCAGUUUCACCCUAUCCACCAGAGUCAUCAUCAACCAAUUCACCAGAGUCAACAUACAUCUCAUUUUCCUCCCACCCAUCAUUGUGGCUCAUCUUCUAAUUUGCCUGAUUUGGCCCAUUCUCACCAUUCGUCACCCAUAUCACAACAUAUGGCAUGCUUACAACCCCUCAGUGGAGGCCAUGUAGGAGGGCGCUUGCACAUAAUGGCACCUUCCCCUGCAAAAUUCUGUGAUGAAUGUGGGGCCCCAUAUUUGAGAGAAACCUCGAAAUUUUGCUCGGAGUGUGGCGCUAAGAGAUUGGGAACAUAACACCAACAUCAUGUCCUCCCUGGCCCUGUAAUAUUGGUGAGCACAGAUUGUAUAUUUAUUUGCUGAGCACAUCGAUAUCUUAUUUGUUACCCAGGCAUUGGAGAAAGUCUGUCAGUCUCUCAUGUAUUGACCAACAAAUAUGCGGUAGGAGAAUUGGACUGGUCAUCUGGCUUCGGCCAUGGUUGAAGGCUAUAUAUGCUGCAGAAGAGUGCAGAAAAUGGCUUUUGUUGUAUAUUAGAUUGGCAUUGUGGUGGUUCUUUUCCUUUAAUCAAACAGGGAAAAGCCAUGGAUCCUGCGAAGUUCAUCCAUCUCCUGGGUUUUAAGAUUGUUAUGAGCUUCUUGCGACACGUACUGGUUGUAAAAAAUAGAUUGUAGAACAAUUAGUGAUUGUUGUCCCUUCUCUGAGUAAGAAGAGUAGCUUGUAAAUUCUGAGUUAUAAAUGGGAAAUCUAGGCGAUUGGAGUAUG